AUGUCUUUCUCUGCAUUACAAGUCAUACAUGAUCGAAUCAAUUUCCCAUAUGAAAAGACAACUCCUGGAUCAUUAUUGACCAAUGAUUACCUCUCCAGAACGGAUCUCAGAUGUUCUCACAUUCCCCAACAGUCAACGAUUCCCUCAUGUGGAACUCUUAAGCUGACAAGUACAUUACAAAGACCACAGACUCAUCCUCCAGCCACAUGUUCUCUACCCAAACGGUAUGAACAACAAACCAACGUCAAUCUUGGCUCACUUCAAAAGAUCAACGAAAUGACCACUUACCUCAAUACAAAUCAAGCACGACGAGAAAAGAUCAAUCAUGAAUCUGUAGCACUGGUCCCACAAAGUGCCACUGAAUUACCCUCGCUCACAGAUAUUCUCUCCUUGUAUAAGAGUCCAAAAGAACAAAUCAUCAAGGUACAACCUCAAAGGUUUUUUUUCCAACCAAGUGUGUCCUAA